AUGUUUCUUACGAGGAGCGAGUACGAUCGGGGGGUGAGCACGUUCUCACCCGAGGGGCGGCUGUUUCAAGUGGAGUACGCGAUCGAGGCCAUCAAGCUGGGGUCAACAGCGGUGGGCAUUCAGACCAAGGAGGGCGUGGUGCUGGCAGUGGAGAAGAGAAUAACGUCGCCGCUCCUGGAGCCGCGCAGUGUGGAGAAGAUAAUGGAGGUGGAUUCACACAUUGGAGCCGCCAUGAGUGGCCUCACAGCCGAUGCGCGCACUCUCAUCCACCACGGCCGCAUCCAGACUCAGUCGCACCGCUUCUCGUACAACGAGCCCAUGCUGGUGGAGUCAUGCACCCAGGCCCUCUGCGACCUGUCUCUGAAGUUUGGAGAGGGGGGAGACGACAGCAUGAGCCGUCCAUUCGGAGUGGCUCUGCUGAUCGCUGGAGUCGACAAAUACGGGCCUUGCCUGUACCACACGGACCCAUCAGGCACGUUCGUACGUUACGACGCCAAGGCCAUUGGGGCUGGCACUGAGGGGGCUCAGGCGAACCUGCAGGACAGCUACAACAAGGACAUGACUCUGGAAGAGGCAGAGACGCUUGCACUGUCUACUCUCAAGCAAGUCAUGGAAGAGAAGCCGCUUGUGAAGAUGGUAUCGAAGAAAUCCGGAGGGAAUAACCUGCGGGAGCUACUAGGAUGCUCUCCUUGUGCUGCUCUCCCUGUGCUGCUCUCCCUGUGCUGCUCUCCCUGUGCUGCUCUCCCUGUGCUGCUCUCCCUGUGCUGCUCUCCCUGUGCUGCUCUCCCUGUGCUGCUCUCCCUGUGCUGUCCUCCCUGUGCUGCUCUCCCUGUGCUGCUCUCCCUGUGCUGCUCUCCCUGUGCUGCUCUCCCUGUGCUGCUCUCCCUGUGCUGCUCUCCCUGUGCUGCUCUCCCUGUGCUGUCCUCCCUGUGCUGCUCUCCCAGUGCUGCUCUCCCUGUGCUGCUCUCCCUGUGCUGCUCUCCCUGUGCUGCUCUCCCUCUGCUGCUCUCCCUGUGCUGCUCUCCCUCUGCUGCUCUCCCUCUGCUGCUCUCCCUCUGCUGCUCUCCCUGUGCUGCUCUCCCUGUGCUGCUUUCCCUGUGCUGCUCUCCCUGUGCUGCUCUCCCUGUGCUUCUCUCCCUGUGCUGCUCUCCCUGUGCUGCUCUCCCUGUGCUGCUCUCCCUGUGCUGCUCUCCCUCUGCUGCUCUCCCUGUGCUGCUUCGGAGUUUGAUACGUCACUCAGCCUCUCUCCCUCCACCCUUGCCUGCGCCACUCUCCCCAUCCCGCCUCUGCCAUUGGCAGGAUCUGGGAUACGCGCAACUGGCGCACAUGCCUCCAAUCAACGGCCUCUACGGCAGCUUCAUCCCUCCAUCCCUCUACGCCAUAUUCGGCACAUCCCGUCACAUGGCCAUAGCACCAGUCGCCAUCGUCUCCCUCCUCAUGGGAGAACUCCUCUCCUCGCACUACAGCCCCGAGUCUCAGCCCACACAAUACCUCCACCUUGCCUUCACAUCGACCUUUUUUGCGGGGGUGGUUCAGUUGGCAAUGGGGCUGCUGCGCCUGGGGUUUGUGGUGGAUUUGCUGUGCCACCCGGUGGUUGUGGGGUUCAUGGGGGGAGCGGCGGUCACGAUCGGGCUGCAGCAGCUGAAGGGGUUGCUUGGGUAUGCGACCUUCACGACAAAAGCGAACGUGCAGUCGGUGCUGGGAUAUGUCUUCAGCAACACGUAUCUGUUCAACUGGCGGGCGUUUGUCAUCGGCAUGGCCGUGCUUCUCUUUCUCCUCUCUCUCCGCUUUCUGGCACACCGCUUCAAGCCCCACCCGAGGCUCGGCAGGCCCCUCUUCUACCUCAACUGCUUCGGCCCGAUCCUCGCAGUCACCGCCACCUCCCUCGCCGUCUUCCUCCUGGGCGGUGGAAACAAACCCCCCUACAGCAUCCCCACCGUCAAACCCCUGCCAGCUGGCGUCGCCUCAUUCGGCUCGCUGACUCAGCUCCAGCUGUCGGGGCCUGAUUGCGCGGCCGCCGCGUCCAUAGGGAUUGUCGCCGCGCUGAUCGCUCUGGCAGAAGCGACAGCGAUCGCGAGGAUGUUUGCAACGUUAGAGGGUUACAAAAUGGAUGGUAACCGCGAGAUGAUCGCUCUCGGCAUGGCGAAUAUCGGCGGCUCCUUUUCCUCGACUUACGUGGUUACCGGGUCGUUCUCGAGAUCCGCUGUCAAUUACAAUUCCGGCGGGAAAACCGCGCUGACCAACGUGAUUAUGUCGGCGCUCGUUUUAAUCACGAUCGCCGCAGUUACGCCCGCGUUUCAGUACCUCCCUACAGCCACCCUCUCUGCAAUCAUCAUAGUUGCUGUUGCGGGAUUGGUGGAUUUUACAGCCAUGGCUGUUAUCUUAAGAACCGACAAGGUCGAUUUUCUCAUCACUCUAGGGACUGCCUUGGGGAUUCUCUUUGUCUCCAUGGAAAUCGGACUCCUUAUAGGCGUCCUCGUUUCUAUGCUCAAGUUCUUCGUGCUGGUGGCGCGGCCGAAGCUGCCGACUCUGGGGCUUAUAAAGGGUACGGGGGUGUACAGAAGUGUGGAGCAGUAUGGGGAUGCGGAGGAGGUAGAGGGGGUGUGGGUGAUGAGGGUGGAUGGACCGCUGCUCUUUCCCUCUGCGAGCUAUGUGCGGCAGCGGGUGUUGAGAGCGGUGGAGAGGAGUGCGCGUGGUGACGAGAAGAGAAUCACG